CGAUUAUAGACGCAGCCUCCCGCUGCCAUGGACAACUACCAGAAUGAAGCUGAACACAGGAGCGACAUCGUUGAAGAGGAAUUUCCCCACCCCUGGGGAGUGCACUCAGCACUUUCAAGAACAGAAUCGGUGGCUGCUGACCGGAGUUAUGAGAAUGAUGAACCAGAAUAUGAGUACAUCAAAUUUGCUGACAUGCAGAUGAGGAGGAUUCCAGAAACAGGAGUGAACAUACAGCCAGCACUGUUUGGAUCUAAGGUUGACAAAUGGAAAAGUGUGAGCAGAAAAUCUCUUAUCAUCAUCGCUGUUAUGUUGUUCAUUUCCCUGGUAAUGGCGAUAGCUGGUCUUGUGGUGGCAUGUCUUAAAUGCUUCCCAGAGUGCUCAGAUGGCUGGCAGACUUUCCAAGAGAAAUGCUACUACAUCUCCUCAACAGCACAGAAAUGGAACGUGGCCAGAAGUACCUGCCAAUACCUGAGUGGAGAUCUGGUGGUGAUUGACAAUGAACUGGAAUGGGAAUUUCUGAUUCAUAAAAUGAAUUUCAAAAGUAAUGUCUGGCUUGGUUUGAUUUACACACAACCUGAAAAAGAGUGGAGGUGGCUGGAUGGCACAAAUCUAUCCUACACAUACUGGGAGGAGGAAAAAGAUGGACCAGUGAAAUAUACAGAAGGAGCUUAUAGAUCAGACUGUGCGGUUAUAAAGCAAGAUGUGAGCAAGUGGAAGAUUGUUGAUUGCAGGAAGCGCCAUGAAGCCAUUUGUGAAAGGGACAGACCUGUUGUCUGUGUUCUGCAGUCCCCGUUUUCAGCACAAUGAAAUUUCCCCUUUGGCUUUGUAUGUAUACAAACAGAAUCAGUCAUAGAAUAUUUUAAGAAUAUAAGAAGCACCUAAAGGAUCAGACCAAAGUCCAUCUACCCACAAGCCUUUUUUCAUCCAGUGCCAGUCAGAUGCCUCUGGGAGGCUCACAAGCAAGGCAUAACCUGCAAGGUUACAUUCCCCACUGCCUCUCGUAUUAUCUGAACACAGGAACAUAGGAAACUGCCGUAUACUGAGUCAGACCAUUGGUCUAUCUAGCUCAGUAUUGUCUUCUCAGACUGGCAGCGGCUUCUCCAAGGUUGCAGGAACAUGGAGGUGUCAUUUAGCUUUCAUGGCUAAGAGCUGAUGAUAGAGAGAGCUUUUGUGUGUUUUUCAUCUCUUUCAAAAGCCACCUAAAAUAGUGUUUUGUGACAGUGAAUGACACAAGUUAAACUAUGGGAUGCAUGAAAUAAUUCCUGGCAUGCUUGUCCUGAACCUGCUGCCAAUCAGUAUCAUUGGGUGAACGGAAGUCUAAUAUUAUAUAAGAGAGAGAGAGAUUUCUCUCAUUUCUUUUAUUCUUAUACCAUACAUGGCUAUCAGAGAUGGCAGCUAAUCCUGCCAUAAGGCCAACUCUACAUUUCUAUACAUUACUUCUGAUUCCCAGGCAUUUCUGCCUUCCGUGAUCUGCAUGGUCUGUGACCCUUAUCUACCUGCCUUAGUAAUACCUGCACUAUUGUGUAGGGGUCAGGCAGGGUCUGCAAGACCAAGUGCAGUAUUCAUAUAGUUAGGCACAGUGUUGGUGCUGAAUUAUGGGCAUCACAUGGUUCCUGUUAAGAGAGACAAUUUUCCUUGCUACCAUUUCUUUUGCUCAAAUG